AACUAUCCGAUUCUGAUAUCAUUCUCAACUAGUUGUUCACUGUUCAGUCACUUGCAGUAUUUUCUUUUCUUUCUUUCUUUCUUUCUUUUUUUUUUUUUAAAUUUUCUUGGCCAACUAUUUCAUGUUUAAUUUAAUUUAAUUUGCCACGAGUCUGAACCUGAUUUUUUUUUUUACGUAAAAUCAUUUAAAACAAAGUUCAAAGAAAGGCCAACAUGAGUGUGUUCCCUUGCCAAAAAUGAUGCUAUAACGUUGCCCUGGCUCCAAGUUCUAGUCACUAUUCUGAUGAGAAUCGAUAGCUCUUAAACGUGAAUGCCAAUUUACAUUCACUACUAACGCAUUUAGUCUGCACCGAGGAAAUGGAAAUUUUAGGGUUUGAAGCGCCACUUCUAAGGUAACGAUAUUUUCACAACCUUGUCUCCUUCAGGAAAUGAAAGCACCAAAUACUUUCGGUGUAAAGGAUUUGACAUUAUCUUGCUGUAAAGGAAACUUGCGGACAAAGUGGCAGCAGAGGGAUUCUUGGUGGUUGUUCCUGAUCUUCUGUACGGUGACUACUUUGAUCCACACAAUCCUCAAUGUGAUAGAGACACGUGGAGAAAGGCUCAUGGGACGGUUAAUUUGAUGCCUGGAGAUGCGAAUCCUUUCACUUGUUCAUCUGCUUAAAGGUUCUACUAUUACAACUAUAUCAUGCGGUAUAUGAUUUAUUGUCCUCAUAGGAUAAAGGACAUGAAGAUACGAAACCUCUUAUUGCUGCUCUUUCAAGUAAAGGUGUCACUGCCAUAGGACUGCAGGUUUCUGCUGGGAAGGCGAGUUAUUUCUCUGUGAACAAUAUUAUAUUUCAAUUAGCAUCAGGGAAAAAGCCAAUCAUUGUUGUGCCUUGAGUUAUUGAAAACGGUCUUUCACGGAGUAGGCAAAAGUAUGUUAAACUUGCUACAUUUGUCCAGGGGUUGUGGUAGCAAAAUUAGCCACGUUCGAUGACAUUUAGGCUGCAGUUCUGCUGCAUCCCGGUGCCAUCACAGUUGAUGAAAUUAAUGAGGCCAAGGUUCCUAUUGCUAUAUUGGGAGCUGAAGUUGACAACUAUUUCCCUGCAGAAAAGUUGAAGUAAUAUGGGAAGAUAUUGUCUGCAAAAGCACAGUUUGACAGCUUCGUGAAGAUAUACCCAGGUGUGUCUCAUGGGUGGACGGUAAGGUACAACGCAGACAUUGAGUCAGCUGUCAAGAGUGCAGAAGAGGCUCAUCAGGACAUGUUGAAUUGGUUUACCAAGCACAUCAAGUGAAGUCGAAUUGUUCUGUUAUUAGAUUCCUAUGUUUCUGGAGGUCUCAGGUGUGAAUGUUGUGUACUACUAAUUACUAAUUAAACAUUAAUAUUUUGUGACGUUAGAGUCAAAACUAUUGUUAGAAACCUAAUGGUGGUCUAUGUAAUUUAACAUGCUUGUUAUUUCUUCAUUGGUAGUGGGAUAAGGUUUGUUGUAUGUUGUGUGCUUUCUUCAUUGAAUGUGUUUGGCAUUUGGCAGCAGAAGGAUGUUUGCUUGGGAAGAAUGGUCGACAAAAUUGAAAAACAAAUUAAACAGAAGAGACACAAAAUUUACGUAGCCAAGCAUAAGCCUAUGGCCACGGUUGAAGGGGGAGCAAAAUCCACUAAAUGAAAGGAAUUAUGUAUUGCCAUGUUGUUUCUGAGGACGCUAGAAAUGAGUUCUUGAGGCUUUAUUUAUAGGGUGAAAAACUUGGCCGCCCAAAAAAAAAAAAAAAUCAAUGGUCAAGAUAAUUUACUUGAUAGCCAAGAAAACUUGGUGGCCAAGGAUCCAAGGUCCAAAUAGGCUUGUUGCUUUGGAUCCAAUUAGGUUGGAAAGCCAAGUCACAAAUUAUUUACUGCUUCCACCUCUCUACGGGAACAGCUCAAUUAGUUCAUGUUCAUAUGACAACACUACAAAUGCUGGCACUGGUGAAAGACAGCAUAUAUAACAGGAUACAGCUUAUAACCGGGCGUGUGUUCAAAUGCCUGAAAACUUAACCAAGAUUUCAUGGGGGAAAGCUUUAACCUGCUUUGACCUGCAGUUGGAUCUAAUUGCACAAACUUUUUGCACAAUAUAAAGGGGAAAAUGAUAGACUAAUCGCAGAUACUUUUUUCCCCUCUUCAAAUGUGGUUUAACUAUCGUUUUUUCAUUACAUUAGAUUUAUCAUAAAAAUUGAGAGAUUUGCGAUGGCGAGUUCAUGUUUCGCAAGAAGCAAUGUUCGUUUUUCCUACGUAGACUUCAAAUUAAGAAUUGUAGGAUGAAACAUUUGACCGUAGUUUUUAAUGAAUUUAAGUAAGGCGUCGUCAAUUGCUUGCUCCGCAUCAAUAUCUUAAAGAAAUGGUUAGAAUAUAACAAAUGGAUUGCUGGAAUUUAUCUUUCUUGUGAGGUCCAGUCUUACUUCCAUUUCAAAAGGAGUAACAGUUAGGCAACCCGGGUUGCUCAUCUUGAUAUGCCCGCGCGCGCGCGCACAUAUAGACACACCUGGAAGUGUCAGAAAACGAUAUUAAGCAUUGCAGAAAUUACAGGUGAAGAAUGUCAGGCCCAGAGUGCUGCUCAAACCCACCGAUCCUGGACCCAAACUCUGGAGCAGGCCACGUUCAAAGACUCGGUGGCCUCAACUCUUACGUCACCAGCCUCUCCGAUUCUAAGCACGCCGUUCUUUUGGUGUCAGAAGUUUUUGGAUAUGAAGCUCCGAAGCUAAGGAAGCUUGCAGACAAGAUUGCCGCUAAAGGGUACUACGUAGUGGUUCCUGACUUCUUGCAUGGAGAUCCCUUUGCCUACGAAAAUGCCAGCAGACCUCUGCCAGUUUGGCUAAAAGAUCAUGAGCCAGACAAAGCAUUUGAAGAUGCAAAACAAGUAAUCGAAGCCUUGAAAAGUACGGGAGUUUUGGCUAUUGGGGCUGCAUCUUUUUGUUGGGGUGCAAAGUGUGUUGUAGAACUUGCUAAGUCUGGAAUGAUUCAAGCUGCGUUGCUAUUUCAUCCAUCAUUUGUCACUGUGGAUGAUAUCAAGGGGGUUAAUAUACCAAUUGCAAUACUUGGAGCUGAGAUUGACCAAUAUUGCCCUCCGGAACUAGUGAAACAGUUUGAAGAGGUCCUAACUGCUAAACUUGGGGAUGAUUGCGAUGUGAAGGUGGUUCCCAAGGUGUCUCAUGGAUGGACUGUGAGGUACAACAUUGAAGAUGAAGCAGCUGUGAUGGCUGCAGAGGAGGCCCAUCAGAAAUUAUUCGCUUGGUUUGCUAAGCAUGUUCACUAAAUUUACUAGUUUUAAAAACACAACUGCUUGUGAUGAACAAGAACAACUGGCCUUUUGCAGCCAUUUUGUUGAAGCUGACAGACAUGGAGUAGCCACGCUUAGACAUGCAAUGUCAAGAAAAGAAAGAUUGCUCUAUGAUGAGGAAAAGUUAUCCCAAUAUAUCAUAUUUUAUUUUAUCGUCAGUUCUUUGUGUAUUUGCCUUGUAAGAGAAGAUUAUAGCUUUGGUUCUUAUAUAUCAGAAUAAAUGGUUGUUACCUUUUGCUAAUAUAUAUGUAUUGUCGGCAAGGCUUAAAAUA